AUGCCGCGGCUCUCCUUCUAUGAUGGCACAGCAGAGCUCACAACUCGGAACAGCUUCCUGGACGUGGACGUCCGCAGCAAGGAUGCGGACGGGGCCCGGCGCCGUGCCCACAGUGCUCCGCCGCGCGUGGCAUGCGAAGAGGCGACUGGCGAUGACAGCGACGAUGGAAAGCUGAUCUGCCACACGCCCAGCGAACGCACCGUGAGCACGGAGUACGGCGACUCCGAUGUCGACUUCGAAAGGCAGACGACAGGCUGCCCAGAGGAUCUGCAGAGCCUGGCGGGCUUGCAAGACGCGGCAGUUUCGGAGCACCAGAAGGAGGAUCUCACAUCGGUCCGCACAGUCAUGAUCAAGAACAUCCCAUGCCGAUCCAGAACCGACGAAAUUCUCCAUGCUGUCGAUUCCGUAGGUUUCGCCGGGACGUACGACUGCUUCUACCUCCCAAUGAAUCGGCAGGGCAUGGGCUACGCGUUUCUCAACUUCACCGAGUUGGGUACCGCCGCACGCUUCAAGGAUGCCAUUUCGGGCUACCGCUUCCCUGGCCGCAGGAGCACCAAGCGCGUGGAGGUGGCCCCCGCAGAGCUGCAAGGCCGAGAGCAGAUGUUCAAGAUUCGAGCGCUUUUUUUCAAGCUGGAGUCCAGCCACUUGGGAACGACAAUUCAGCAUCUCGGGCUGGGUUCGCGCGAGGGGGCCGUCUGCAUCAAGGAGUGGUUGAGGUCCUCGCGGCUGGUCUUUGGAAAGGCGACACCUAAGGCCGGUAGCAGCAUUUAUUCAAGCGAGUUGCUGAGAACUCCGCCCGGCGGUGACAUGCUUCCCAUGCCGCGGCUCUCCUUCUAUGAUGGCACAGCAGAGCUCACAACUCGGAACAGCUUCCUGGACGUGGACGUCCGCAGCAAGGAUGCGGACGGGGCCCGGCGCCGUGCCCACAGUGCUCCGCCGCGCGUGGCAUGCGAAGAGGCGACUGGCGAUGACAGCGACGAUGGAAAGCUGAUCUGCCACACGCCCAGCGAACGCACCGUGAGCACGGAGUACGGCGACUCCGAUGUCGACUUCGAAAGGCAGACGACAGGCUGCCCAGAGGAUCUGCAGAGCCUGGCGGGCUCGCAAGACGCGGCAGUUUCGGAGCACCAGAAGGAGGAUCUCACAUCGGUCCGCACAGUCAUGAUCAAGAACAUCCCAUGCCGAUGCAGAACCGACGAAAUUCUCCAUGCUGUCGAUUCCGUAGGUUUCGCCGGGACGUACGACUGCUUCUACCUCCCAAUGAAGCGGCGCCACCAGCAGGGCAUGGGCUAUGCGUUUCUCAACUUCACCGAGUUGGGUACCGCCGCACGCUUCAAGGAUGCCAUUUCGGGCUACCGCUUCCCUGGCCGCAGGAGCACCAAGCGCGUGGAGGUGGCCCCCGCAGAGCUGCAAGGCCGAGAGCAGAUGUUCAAGAUUCGUGCGCUUUUUUUCAAGCUGGAGUCCAGCCACUUGGGAACGACAAUUCAGCAUCUCGGGCUAGGUUCGCGCGAGGGGGCCGUCUGCAUCAAGGAGUGGUUGAGAACUCUGCCCGGUGCUGACAUGCUUCCAAUGCCGCGGCUCUCCUUCCAUGAUGGCACAGCAGAGCUCACAACUCGGAACGGCUUCCUGGACGUGGACGUCCGCAGCAAGGAUGUGGACGGGGCCCGGCGCCGUGCCCACAGUGCUCCGCCGCGCCGGGCAUGCGAAGAGGCGACUGGCGAUGACAGCGACGAAGGAAAGCUGAUCUGCCACACGCCCAGCGAACGCACCGUGAGCACGGAGUACGGCGACUCCGAUGUCGACUUCGAAAGGCAGACGACAGGCUGCCCAGAGGAUCUGCAGAGCCUGGCGGGCUCGCAAGACGCGGCAGUUUCGGAGCACCGGAAGGAGGAUCUCACAUCGGUCCGCACAGUCAUGAUCAAGAACAUCCCAUGCCGAUGCAGAACCGACGAAAUUCUCCAUGCUGUCGAUUCCGUAGGUUUCGCCGGGACGUACGACUGCUUCUACCUCCCAAUGAAUCGGCAGGGCAUGGGCUACGCGUUUCUCAACUUCACCGAGUUGGGUACCGCCGCACGCUUCAAGGAUGCCAUUUCGGGCUACCGCUUCCCUGGCCGCAGGAGCACCAAGCGCGUGGAGGUGGCCCCCGCAGAGCUGCAAGGCCGAGAGCAGAUGCACCGGGCCCCUUUCGGAUCUUAUCAGAUCGCUGAUGUCAGGGGCUUCCGAGGAGUCUUGAAAGACGAGGCUCCCGACCCGCUCCCGGCGUGUAACAGUCAAUACUCCUUCCUGGACGAAAUGUAA